AAUACGAUGAUUAAUUUUUCAAAAUAUAAUACAGAGCACCUUGAAGAAAAUUGUAAAUCGAAUAAAGACAUAUCCUUACAUACAUAUUGUCAAAACAUGAAUUCUGAAACUUCUACGCUGUCCGGUAGGUCUUCAGCAAGAUUCGGUAUUUCAAAAAUAGACAGUGUCGAAAAAGGAGACACCGAUUUAUCUGAUAAACCUUGGGAUUGUUUAGGCUCAGACCACAAAAGUCUAGAUCGAAGUGACACCAUUGGCAGCGAUCCUUAUAGUGGCUUUUCAUUGGAAACGGAGACAUCAAUCGCAACUGGCGGCGAACGUAAUCCAAACGAUUAUAACAAGUUACCUGACGGUUGGGUAGAGCGCAUAGCACCCAAAACAAAAGAGUGCUAUUUCUAUGAUAAAAGUACCCGAAAGGUAUAUUUCACAUUACCUCCAAAUGGCUGCAGAGAAGCUGAAGGAGUCGGAUGGAACGGCGUUGCCGGAAAAUAUCGUGAAUGCAAUUAUCGGUGCAUUCUUAGGUGCAAGCACAUAUUGGUAAAGCACAGAGAAUCAGAUAAAUGUAGCUCAUAUCGUAAGCGGGUUGUAAAGAGAACUAAGGAACAAGCCUUACAUAAGAUUUUGCAGGCUCGAGAUCUGAUAUCAGCCGGCCAAAUAGAGUUUGCUGAAUUGGCUAAAGUGAUAUCAGACUGCUGUUCUGCUCGAAACGGCGGAGACUUGGGCCCCUUUAAACUCACGCAAACAUGUUUCGGCUUCGAGAAAAAAGUUUUGCGACUAAAUAUAAAUGAGCUUUCCGAUAUUUUUGAGACAAAGGCAGGAUAUCAUAUUUUAUUGCGCACGGCAGUAAAUGACAAGAAUGAAGAGUACAGGAAAAAACACAGACACCUUGAAAAAUUAAAAUAUACUAUCGGUAAAGAUAAAUUCAAAACCUACUUAAAGGGCAGCCAGAAAUUUUCCAGUUUUAUGGACGAAUCGGAAGCAGACAUAUAUAACAUGCUUGGUCAGAGACAAGGGGUCCGAGAUUCCGAGAGUAAUUUCAGGUAUCUCAGUUGUAUUUUAUACGAAGGACCAAGUCUGUCAUGUGUGUCUAAAUUCACAGAGAAGAGUGGCAAAUUGAAACUGUACACUCAACAGAAGCAGAUAAUAAAAAAGAAAAUAAUUCAGGAUAGGUUGGAUAUGACCGAGUACCUUGAAAAAUUCCUCAAACUAAUAGAAACUGAUUCUCUGGGGAACUGUGUCGUUAAGGAUCAUAAAUUGAAAAAAGAUUUAUUUUUUAUGAACGGCUUUUAAUCAAAUGUUUAAAGUUUUUAAGGAUAUAAAUGAUCUAAUUAAAUUAAUCAAAAGAGCAUGUCAAACUGAAGGGAACAAAUAAAUUUUUGUUAAGCCAAAACACAGGUCAGAAUAGAAUACUAAAAACUACAGCUGAACAUCUGACAAACAUCUGGAUUUUUAAACAGAUAAAUUUAUUAACGAUAUUGUACCGGCAUUAUAAUUAAAAGAAUAAAUUUCGUUCCAGCUA